ACGAUGAAGAAGAGUGAUGGGGAAACGUCGGUUCAAGAUCAUCAUCAUCCGCACAAGCCCCGUAGGACGAGAUCAAGAGAAGUGAGCUCGAGGUUCCUGUCUUCCCCGGGCUCAACUCCUCUGCAUGAUGGCGGGAUCCAGUCCCCAAACCAAGCCUCGUGCCCUUCAUGGAGGAAGCCGAUCACCCAAUCAUCGGAUUCUAAAAGGGCUCUCCGUGGCUCUGACGAUAUGGACCCCCCACGAGGACUGUGGCCCUCGGCCACCACGAUUUCUGUUUCUUCGAGUUCCGAUAACAAGAGUUUGGACACUCUUGCUGAUCAUCUCGGAAACGACAGGCUGAAGGAUCUCCUGGGGAGGAAGAACAGCGACAAGAAUGUGCCGUCGAAUAGCAGUCUCUUGCUAAAUAGGCAGAAGAGUUGCAGUGAGGUCAGCAGGUUUGAGAGUGACAGUCAUAGGGGCAUUACUGGUAGCAGAAGUAGUAUUCUCAAAGAGAACCAUAGACAGAUCCUUGGUGGGUCAAUGAGAUACACGGGGAAGUUUACUUUCGCUGGCAGGAAAUCGACUUCUUCUUCGGCAGCUUCAAACUUAUCAACUUUCGAAAGUCCUAAAUCUCUACUUCCGGGAAGACUUUCCGUUGAUGAGAAUGCUCUUUACAAGAGCUCGUCCUGUAGGAGAUCAGAGGCAGAGCCUUUUCCUGAUUUACUCGAUUCUGAGUAUGAAUCCAGCGAGGCAUCAUCUUCAUGCGCUUCAAAUUUAUCUUCUGCUUCGAAGAAGUCAGGUAUAGAGGUUUCAUCACGGUACAUGAAUAAUUUGACAAGAAGGACUAAAAGAGACAACCUGGAGGCCGUGAAUGUUCCUAAUCUCGUGCUAGAUCAUGAUUCCGAGAAAUCAAAGAAAUUCACGAUAAAAGGUGCGAUCAGGAGGGCUAGUUCACUUACAGGUUAUGGCAGUUCAAGGUCCCAGUGGGCCAUGUCACCGGGCAGGACAGCUUCCCCUCCAAUGUCGGUCGAGAACAAAUCAAGGUCCCCUUCAUUUUCAAGCAUGAAACCGCCCUCUAGCCCCUCGAGGCCUAAAGGCGUGGAGAGGUUGCUUAAUAUGGGACUCGACUUGUUCAAGAGCAAGAAAACUUCCCCUUCUAAUUUGUCGCCUUUAGGUUCUUCUAGUGGGGGAGAUCAUUUCCACCAGCUUCGGCUGCUUCAUAACCGAUUGAUGCAGUGGAGGCUCGCAAAUGCUAGAUCUGAUGUGGCAAGCCAGACGACCACCGAACAGGUUGAGAGAAUUUUGUUAUCUGCUUGGGAGAGCCUUGGAAAGUUACGGCAUUCUGUGGUGCAGAAGAAGCUGCAGCUCGAGCGAGAAAGGCUCGAGAUAAAGCUUAACUGCAUUCUCCGCUCUCUAAUGAAGCCACUGGAAGACUGGGGAGAUAUGGAGUGGCAACAUUCGUCCGCAAUCUCGAACACCGUGGAGAGUCUCCACUCCAUUGUUAGCAGGAUACCGUUACAAUAUGGCGCAGAGGCUGACCCAAUGACGACUUCCUAUGCGCUUCGGCAUGCAUCAGACCUCACAUUGUCGAUCAAGUCAUUUCUGAAUGGCUUCACGCGCUCGGCAGAGAGUGCUGUCCCAUUGUUCUCGGAGUUGGCCGAGGUGGUGGCCCAGGAAAAGCUGCUGCUAGAGGAGUGCUUGGAACAUCUCAGGAUUAUAUCCCAGUUAGAGAUCAAAGAGAGGAACUUGGCAUGUGCGAUACUUCAACUGCGUUCGUGCCAGCAACUGGCUGACAGCAUUAACUGACAAGUAGAGGAGAUGUAUAUAGAUUGCUCAACUUCGGUUUGUGUUAGUAGCUUCCACAUUCUGGCUGACAAGUUAAAAGUGUCUAGAAAUGAUUGCAGACCGAGCCAUCGGUUUAGAAGGAGAGCGAGAGACCCGACUCAAAUCGAGCAGAUGACAUGAGCUAGUAUAGACAUCAAUUUCUUGGGGGCAGACAUUCAACAUUUCUGUCCUUUGUUAAU